AUGAGUCUACGGUGUCCUGUUGGUCCGGAAUCAAACUUGCUCGAGCCAAAUGAAGAGCUCAACAGUCGGCUCAUCCUCGAGCAACCAGUACUAUCCCUGGUUGACAUGAAGGUGAUCAAAAGGACCAUGUAUAAAGGUUGGCGUAGCAAGACCAUUGACAUCACAUUUCCAGUGAGAUAUGGAGUGAAAGGCUUAGUACCUGGGCUGGAUCGAAUCUGCUGUGAAGCGUGCACAGCAGCACUGGAAGGUUUUCAAAUACUUGUACUAUCGGAUCGGGAAGCUAACAAGGAUAACAUUCCCAUAUCUUCUCUACUAGCCGUCGGAGCUAUACACCAGUGCCUCAUUCGACACCGCCUGAGAAUGAAGGUGAGAAAGCAGGGUACAAAGGGGCCUGAGUCAUUCAAGAGAGGGAUGCGAGCGUUACUGUAA